UCCGGGUCGGCGCGGAGGCGGGGCGGAGGCGCCGCGGCGGCUGUUAUUGUUCAGCUGGGCUUCGCUGGGCGCUGUCUCCCUUGGCUCAGAGGGUGUCGGUUAGUCCCGCUUCCUCUCGGCCCCUCACUCCCGGCGGCUGACGACGACGGCGGCGGCUGCGGCGGGCGGGGCCUGGCGUUUCGAGGCCGAGCGGCGCCGGGGUGAGGGGCGCGGAGGAGGAGGAGGAGGAGCCGGAGGAGGAGCCGUGUGCCCUGGCACCGAGCGGCCGCGGCUAUGGCGUACGCCUAUCUCUUCAAGUACAUUAUCAUCGGCGACACAGGUGUUGGUAAAUCAUGCUUAUUGCUACAGUUUACAGACAAGAGGUUUCAGCCAGUACAUGACCUUACUAUUGGUGUAGAGUUCGGUGCUCGAAUGAUAACCAUUGAUGGGAAACAGAUAAAACUUCAGAUUUGGGAUACAGCAGGGCAAGAGUCCUUUCGUUCCAUCACAAGGUCAUAUUACAGAGGUGCAGCAGGGGCUUUACUAGUGUAUGAUAUUACAAGAAGAGACACAUUCAACCACUUGACCACCUGGUUAGAAGAUGCCCGCCAGCAUUCCAAUUCCAACAUGGUCAUUAUGCUUAUUGGAAAUAAAAGUGAUUUAGAAUCUAGAAGAGAAGUAAAAAAAGAAGAAGGUGAAGCUUUUGCACGAGAACAUGGACUUAUCUUCAUGGAAACUUCGGCUAAGACUGCUUCGAAUGUAGAAGAGGCAUUUAUUAAUACAGCAAAAGAAAUUUAUGAAAAAAUCCAAGAAGGAGUCUUUGACAUUAAUAAUGAGGCAAAUGGCAUUAAAAUUGGCCCUCAGCAUGCUGCUACUAACGCCACGCACGCAGGCAGUCAGGGAGGACAGCAGGCCGGGGGAGGCUGCUGCUGAGUCUGUCUCACCGUCUCGCUGCCCAGAAGGGGCUGCUCACCUACUCUUUCGCCCGCUCCUGCUCAGCUGAGACGUGAAACUCUUCGAAAUGGCUUUAUGUCACAGAAGAAGACUUUAAUCCUUCAAACUCUUGUAUAACUUUGAAUAAAUGGUUAAUGUUCACGUAAAAAGGCAGAUUUUGGAGAUUGUAUUCAUAUCUAUUUGCAUUUGAUUUCUGGGUCAGUUGAUGUGAUUAUUUUUGUUAAAUGUUGUCUUGUGCCCUUACCUACGAACUGAAUUGUAUUGAACACUACAGAGUCAUCCUCGGUAUUUUAAAUCGGUUUGUGUAGUUAGGUUUCCCCACACCUGUGGUUACCUAAUGUUUAAUAUUAUAGAACUGUCCUCAAAAGUUUGUCAGUUUUCAAGGCUAUAAGGAAAACCGAAGGACUCUUUUAAUUCCGUAUGUAUCAUUUACUUUCUGUAUAUAUAGUUUAAUAACCUGCUUGGGUGUAAUUUGCCAAGCUUGAAUUCUUUAAUGCAUUUGCAUAAAUUCUAUACUGUUUAGAGCUUAAAGCUACAGAAGCAUCGUUAGGAAUUGCUUGGACACUGAAUUUUAAACUUUUUGACAUUGUUAACAAGCAUGUUCAUCUUUUUCUUGUCACUAGUCCGAGAGAAAUAUGCUUAAUGUACAUUCUAAAGGCUAUGUAUGCGUUAACCUGUUUUAAUGCCAAAAGUUUGCUGUUUGUCCACAGUUUCUUUAUGACCUCUUCGGAAAAGGAUUUGUUUGCCUUAAUGCAUACUGUUGGGUAUAAUGAGUGAGGCGGGCGGAAGAAAGAACUCCCCCCCCCCCCCCCCCCCGCCUGAGCGACUCCAGGAGGAGUGAGUGUCCACAUUUAGACGGCACAUUAUGAGGACUUUAAUCUUUCCUUGAACACAAUAAUGUUUUCUUUUUCUUUUAUUCACAUGAUUUCUAAAUAUAUUUUUCACGCAGGACAGUUUUUCAACCUUGAUGUACAGUGACUGUGUAAAAUUUUUCUUUCAGUGGCAACCUAUAAUCUUUAAAAUAUGGUGAGCAUCUUGUCUGUUUUGAAGGGGGUAUGACAAUAAACCUACCAGAUGGAAAAUCUUGUUAAAAGUAGGAAAGCUUUAGUAAUUUGCUCAGUGUGGUGGUUUUAUCCUUCUUUUUCUUUUUCUCCCUUGGACUAUAAUGAAAUUGUUAUAGCAGUGCAAAAUAAAAUCCUAUGUAUAAAAGUGUUCUUUUUUUUUUUAUGACCACAUCAUUUUUUAAGAAUGUAAUUUUUCAGUCCAUCCACAGCUUUUACAUGUAUUAAAGCACGUUUUUUUUUAAGGGUCAGGAUGUUUAACACUACCCUUUUUAAAAAUUUUGCUAGAACGUGAUAAAAAUCUUUUUACCGUAUUGAAGUUCUUUUUGUUAUUGACGAUGUAAGCAAGUAUUUUAAGUUUGAAACUAACUACUUUCAAUCCACUCACUGACUUCAGCUUUCUACCGGUCUUUCCUGAAGUUUCAGCAGCGCUCUGUCAAAGCUUGGACAGUUACUCUUGUGGGAGGUCACCCAAUGCUAUCUUAGUUUUUUGCUUUAACUGGCUCCUAGAGGGCAGAGAGAGACAGGUGAGGGAGAUCGAGUUUCCUGAGUGGUUUUAUUCUAAACUUUUUUUCCCUUAAGUGGUCUUACCAAAUUCACCGGUCUUACCAUUCACUCUCGGCAGUGGCAAGUAGGACAAGUUAAGACAACUCGGACUUGUUCCGCUCUGUGCCAGGAAGAGGAGGAUUCUUUGGGAGCUGUUACUUUUAAACUGCUGUUAAUUUUCCAGAAACGUAAUGUGUUUCUUUUCCAUGCUGUCUCCUCUAAUUCUUUUAUAAAUCAAGUGUAAGAAGAGAAAGUCAUGGGAAAAACAACAACAAAGCACAUGUAUUUUAAUAACCUAAGAAGAGCUGGAGCCCUCAGAUGCAGCCCCUGCACAGCAGCCUUAACCUGCCUCGGUGUUGGGCCACAGGGGCGGGUAGAGGACUUCUCCGCAGUUGUCACCACUUUCUCUACAAAUUUCACCUGCCAUUAAGGAACAUACGUGAUGAAUCCUUUACGUCAGUCGACAAAACAGUGUUACUGUUACUGUCUGGUUUCUACUCUGCUGUUUUAUUACCCUUGUCACAAAUAAUGUAAUAGUGGCACCUGGAGCCAAACCCUUUAAUACUGUAAUUAAGUCUUUAAAUGAUCUUUGGUCAAUUUUGGUAGCACCUAUGGACAUGUUUUAAGAGCUAGAAAAUCAGUCACAAAAAAUAAAUAAAACUUUUAAUGUCUCAACAUGUAACAUUCCAAAGUUGUAAUCUUCAUAAAUAUAGUGUUAUAAUUUGCCUUCUGGAUUUAACAAAACUGGAUUAAGACCAAAUUUUUGAAAGAGUAGUGUAUAAUUAGAUAUACAAUUCAAACAGUACAUGAGAGCAAAACUAUAUCUUCCUACACAGUUUGUUUUUAAUUUUUUAUUGAAGUAUAGUUGAUUUACAGUAUUGUGUUAGUUUCAGGUGUACAGCAAAGUGAUUCGGUUAUACAUAUAUAUGUAUACAUCUAUGUUCUUUUUUAAUUCUUUUCCAUUAUAGGUUAUGUUUUUAAUUUUAAAAUAGCCUGUUAACAGGAAAAUAGUCCCUAUUUCUAAUAGUUCUAAUAGUCAAGAGAGUAGGAAUGUAUAUGAUACCAAAAUGUUGUCUAACCUCUCAAAUUAUUUGUGUUUGGAACACAUUAAACGUUUAUUCCCUCAUAGGUAGCGAAGCUCCAUCUAAGCUCAGUACUAAGGUUGGCAGCACAGGGUUUGACUAUGUGAGCUAAAAAUUCAUACCAAAAAAACCCAUAAUAAUGCAAAAAGAUAACCCUGUUCCAUAAUAAAUAAUUGACUAUACAAAUGCGUGAACAUAUCAACCUGUGUCUCUUAGAAAGUGUUCACAUGGGCUUCAGUGUUCAAAUGAGAAUAGAGCCUAACCCCAUAAGUAGAGUAUCUCAUGUUGCAUUGGUAUAUACUGGAUAACACUACUUACUUGGUUGAAGUCAUGAUGGGAAACUUUAAGGUGCACGUGUAUAUAUUCAGUGUUCAUUAGGUUUAGAAAAUCAUCAGGCCAGCUCUUAAAAAUUGAAAGACAAAGGACCAAAAACCUGAUAGGAAACAUGGAAAAAGACAGUUCACCAAAAAAAGAAGUAAAAGUGUCCCUAAAAUAUGUUUUAAAAAUCAGACAAUUAGAAAUGCAAAUUAAAACUGAGAUGCCAUUUCUCAACUAUGAUAUCGGAAGAAGUUUAAUACAAGUAUGACAACACAUUCUGUUGGUGAAAUGUCUCA